CUAGUGGCUUCUGCUGCGUGCGUUCGUCGAAACCCAUUCGAAACCACCGUGUUCGAAACUUAAUUCUACGAACUGCCUAUUGCCGUCGCACUGCAUCGAACCUUCUUAUCGUUUCAAUGAGUAAGCGGAGACCGAGGCGAAGAAUCUCAGCUUGGAUAUUGGACAUACCCGGCCAUCGUGUUUGAACAUUCGUGGCCCUUGCACCGCGAGCCUUGCCACGUUCUACCCAUUGCCUACAUUUCGACAAAUCUUGUCGUGGACCGCGCAAACAUGCAGCCUUUGGCUGGACCAUCCCGCUCACUCCUGUCGACCUCUGCUUAUGGCGAGCAGUACGUGGAGAGAAGUGACAACCUACCAACGCAGAAUGUCCGUCGAGUGCUCAAGUUUAGUCUGACACACGAACUUUUCCCUGACUUGCGGCAGCCUGCCCCCGCAGACGAGAAUCGUACUUUUGGGCCUUCCAGCACCUCCCAUCAAGGUAGCAACCUCUCGAGAGAUUCCAGCACGCAGUCGGCGUUUACUUCACUGCGCUGCAAAUUCUGUGAGUCAGAGUGCCCGGAUAAGGCCAGCCUCCUCCGUCAUAUCCGAAGACACAACCGAGCGAUCUCUCGCGAAACUGAUGCCUUGCUGGAAAAAUUGGUCUGCAGUUUGGACGCGCUUGGCGCCGGCUUAGAUGACGCGCCGAUGGAAACAUUUUCCGGGUGGAACAGAACAGCGAAUGUCACUUCAGAAGAAACACAAGUUCGCAAACGUCUAGCAACGCAGCGUAGUUGUCGCAUGCCUGCCCAAACGACACAACAAACCCACAGAGUAAACUCGUCUAACAACGUUGGCCUACCUCCAGGUAACCCUAAUGCACCCAAACAACUCGAUCGCUGUGUAGAAAAGGCGGGUCAGACUAGUGAGGCGCAGAUGCUCCCCCCUCACCGAAGACAGGUUGCUGUGCGCCGAAACAGUGUGGGCCCUGUAGAAUCUUCUCAGAACCUGACAAAUUUGGGGGCAACUUUAGAAAGCUGCAGAACUGCACUUGACAACGUAUGGGCAAUUCAACAGCCCGUCCAGCACACCACAUCGCCCAGUGCGGCGCUCGAGGAAAAUGUUCUUCGCACCUUGCAGCCGAACUGCGCUGGAAGUGUAGAAUAUCGUUGGCAAAGUCAAACUGUGACAGCGCACAAGGGACCGUUACCGGCGGAGCUCAGGGCCUCUGAUUCCGCACGCAGUUUUGAAGGGCUAGUACUGGCUCAAACUACUUUAAGCCCUUUCCAGUACAUCUUGUACACUGCAAAUGCAUCUGUAGGCGAUUCAGGGAGCGACGUAGUUCGUCCGUCAACAGAGGUUGCCCCUAGCAACGAAGGCGCCGCAUCAGGAUUUCUCAACGUUGUGAGUGCUCAGCACUUAUACAAUAGCACACCUACUUCGUUGCUGUGUUCUGAAAGUCAGGGUCUUGCUCUGCAAAUCGAAAGCGCAGCUACGCGCAUUUGUAGUAUCGAGCCACCAGCAGUGGAUGGGUCGUUGGUGAAUCCCCUGGACCUUACCAAAGACGCCGACGGCGCCUGUACCUUGCACUUCGAAGCGCAACCCAUAGACGACGAGGUGACAUCACCACCGUUACUUACACCGUGUACUGAAAUUAACGUGCAUGAGCCCUCGAGCACAGACGAGUUCACACGUUCGGUACGGGAGUCAUCAGAUGGCGGGGUCCUCGUCGAGAACCUCUCUAUUAAUAAUGAGCAGGAAGACCAGCAUACUGCUUGCGACGAGGAAACUGCGAACGAUGGAAGUUGCGCGCAGCACUGGGAACAGGAAUCCGAGCAAAGAAGCAUACAAGAAAUCAUGCUGUCUCCUGACUUGCAUACUCGCAAGAAAAAGCAAGAGAAAGACGAGGUCGUUGCCAAAGACGAGGGCAUCGCCAAUGAGGGAUGCCCGGAAGAGCCCGCCUAUGACAACGCCGAUGUCCCGCUCUCUGCACCAUGUGUCCCGGACACCGCGUGUGGCGAGGACAUCGUCAACAACCAGAGUCUGGAACAUCGAUCGGAAGAGCAAGCCCUCGACAAAGCUGAGCUGCCGUUGCCUGCGCCAAGUGCCCGGAGGCAUAAAGGCGUGAAGCGCAAGAAAGGUGUUUCCCGGGACAACGUCGACAGCGGUGCAAGAACAGAACAGCGAUCGGAACAGUACAAGGCCGGUUCCGUCAAGGAAGCAGAAGUGCCUGCCGCUCCGCCAGGCACCACAGAGUCCGCCUCCAGGCAAGGUACUUCCCGACCGAAACGCGUAAGAGCAGUGACCUGGAACCCUCCACCGUAUGGCCACAACGACAACAACGGACCUUCCACGAAGGCGUUCGGAAGCACUGCCUGCCACGAGUCAGCACCGCCAUGCUCGAAGGACAUCAAAGAAGUUCCCACGUCCCAGUCGGGCGCGGCCAAGACCUGGCAGUGCCCGUCGUGCUCCAGGGUGCUCUCGAGCAAGUCGAGCCUCCGCCGACACCACCUGCUGAUGCAUACCAAGGAGAAGCCGCUGAACUGCUCGCAGUGCACAAAGACGUUUCGCUUGAACGAGACGCUGCGAAACCAUGUUCGCACCGUGCACACGGCCGAGAGCUGGCAGUGCCCGUCGUGCUCCAAGGUGCUGUCGUGCAAGUACAGCUUCGAACGACACCGCCUACUGGUGCACACCGAUCGGAAGCCGCUCAACUGCCCGCACUGCACUAAGACGUUCGGCUUGAACGAGACGCUGCGGAACCACGUCCGCGCCGUGCACACCGGAGAGCGGCCCUUCGAGUGUCACCUGUGCCCCAGCUCGUUCACCCAGAAGACGUGCCUCCACCAGCACCUGUUGUGGCACAGGAACGAACGGAGCUUCGCGUGCAAGCUCUGCCCCAAGACGUUCGUCAUAAAGGCGCACCUGAAGCGUCACUUGCGGAGUCACACCAACGAAAAGCCGUUCUCGUGCUCACUAUGCCCCAAGCAACUGUCCAGCUCGCAUGCCCUCAAGAGGCACCGACUGACACACACCGGCGAGCGGCCACAUAAGUGCGAGGUUUGCGGCAAAAAGUUUCGACAGUUGCCCACUCUUCAGGCGCACGCUCGCGCGCGUCACCCGACUGAGAUUAGCAUCGACUGAAUGGGCCUGCCUUCCACGAGUUGAUUAUUGAAUCAACAGCUGUGCAUUUUUUUUUUCCCCUGCCUGGUUUUGGGACUGCACACACUGCUCGUCAUGUGCCUGAGAUUGAGGUCCGCUGUCUUUCCCAAAGCCGUGAAACAAAGAUAACCUACCCCAUGCGUAAUUAUCUUUGUUUGAGUGACAAAAAGUUUGAGUGACAAGUGACAAAAAAAAAGUGUGCAGUCGUCAUUUUGCAGUGGUUGUGUGUAUAUGUAAAUCCUUGGAGUGAAUGUGUGCCAGCUAUCAUGCACUCUAGUCGAAAGCUUCACUUGUGCACUUAUGUUGUCAUUCGCCGAAAGUA